GCUUUACCUCUGCUGUCCCCCAAAGCCUCUCACACCUGCUCCUCUCCCAGGCACACGGGCAGGGCUGUACCAGGAAGCGAGGCAGGGCGCAUGUGUGCAGCUCCUGGGCUCCUCAAUCCUCUGGAAUUCACACAGGAAACACAAUGAGAAUGGAUCAAGGAAAAGCAUUUAUGACAAGGGGGAAGUUCUGCUCUGUCCUGUGUGGCUGGAGAGUGGCAGCCCUGAUGGCUCUGUGUCUCCUGCAGCAGGCUCGAGGUCAUGUUCAACUUCUCCCUCCUCAAAAUGUGACCCUGCUGUCCAAGGAUUUUGCCAUGAUUUUGACCUGGGCUCCAGCAGAAGGCUCUCCCCCAGAUGUGACCUACACUGUGAGGUAUGAAAGCCAGGAUCGCCUGGACAAAUGGAGGAAGGUUCCUGAUUGCAGAAACAUCCCCAGGUCCUUCUGCAAUCUGACCUGUGCCCUCUCCAACCUCUACGUUAAGGUCCGGGCUCGGGUGAAGGCGGUUUGGGGCCGGUCCCAGUCGCCCUGGGUGAAAUCCCAGUUCAAGGAUUACUACUCAGAUGUGGAACUGGCUCCCCCCGUGCUGACCCUGAACGUCAGGGACAAUUCCAUCCAUGUCAGUGCCUCCUUCCCUCUGCCCACCUGUGUGGAGAACCUCACCUGGAAGUAUGACUUGAACCUCUGGGAAGCAGGAUCUGAAGACAAGAAGAAAUACGAGGGUUACUUCAGGAAGGACACAGUGAUCAUCAACACCACUGCCCUCAGAGGCAAUUACUGCUUCAGUGCCAGGGCUCUCUACGAAAGCAUCAACUUGAAGCACAGUGAAUUCUCCCAGCCUGUGUGUGUGCUGUUAAACCACAAAGCACAGUGGAAGUUCCCACUUCUGGUUGUGAUCCCUCUGUUUGUUCUCCUCAUUUUUGUGGCCAGUCCCUUCAUCUGCUGCCUGGUGAAACAGGAGGCCAAGCAAAGGAAGAUGCCUCAGGUUUUGGAUUUCUCUCAAUUCAAAGCUGCUGGACCAACCUUCCACUUGGAGCUCGGUGAAAAGGAAUUCUGCAGUGGUGAUCUGAGCUGCUCAGAGGAGCCAGUGCCUCAAAGGAGGACAAACAGAGCUCUAGGAGGACACCACCUGCCAUGGAUGGCUUCUUUCCCAUCAUCAUCAUCAUUGUCAUCAUCGUGGUCAGAGGAUGAGGAGGAGGAAGACAGCAGCACUUUGAUCCCAUGCUGUGAAAUGCCUCAGUAUGCAAAGAGACCUCUCAGCUCUCAGCCAUCCCCAGCAGCUCCGGGGGAAAGCAGCCUGGAUUCAGGAUCUGGAGAUCUCUCUGUGGCCAGUGCAUCUGUGCUUGACCUCAGAGCCCUGGGUUUCACUCUCUUUGCAGAGGGGAAGGGUGAGGUGGACACCUCGGGGUCCCAGGCAAACGAGGAGCCCUCCCUUUACCUCUGCUCCUCUUUGGAAAGGAUUUCCCUCCCUGCUGUGCCAUUCCCAGUGGCCCCAGAGCAGGGGCAGGGUGAUGGACACAGGGAUGAGAGGCUGGGAAUGAGCCCCCUUCACCCCCUGCUGGGGGGGAUUGGUGCUGAACCCCACGAGCACAGGAAGGCUCCUCAUUCCUCCAGGGGUUACCAGAAGUCCAUCCUUGAUCUGCAGCUCCAGAUGGACUCGAGAUCCCAGGCCAGAGAGGAUCCCAGCAGGCAGCUGCUCAUCCCCCUGUGGACACUGCAGGUGGCAGAGGAUGAAGGCAUUGCCAGUGACUGUGGCAGUGACAGCUUCACAGAAGGGACCCCUCCCGAGUCCACAGUGCUCAGUGAUGCUUUUGGGAUUUCAAAUACAGAGGGAAAAUGUGAUCCAAAGUUGCAGUUCCCGGGCUAUGAGCACUCACAUUACUUGGGAAGGAUCUAAAGUGCCCAGCAGGUCUGGGCAGUGCCUGGAAAUCCUGGGGAGCUCCAGAUACCCAAGCAAGGAUCCUUGCACAAGGACAAAAACCUGAUGUCUGGCCCAUCGAGGCAAUGGCUUUAGGAACACAAAAGUGCCUUUUAUUGCUAAGUCACCUCUGUGCUGUCACUGUCCCUCUCAUAAGGUGCUCAGCCAGGGGUGGGGAGGCAGGGACAUCUCUGACAGAUCACCCAGCAAACAGGCACUGCCUGGGGCUCACCUCAGACUUCAGAACAAGGGCCUGAAAAUGCAGUGUUGUGCCUGCACAUGGAUUUGGAGCAGAUUUUGAACUGCUUUGUGUCACUUUUGCUGCCCUCUAAGCACAGAGCUUGACUGGAAGUUCCUUACAGAGAUAUUCAGCAAGAUCUGGUUUUUGUGGGAUGAAAAGUUCUGCACCUCAUCCUGCAGAAAUCACCUUCUGUGUUCCAGCAGAGGGAACCGAAGCUUAAGUGUGCAGCAUGUUUGUUUAUUUAUUUUUAUUUUAUAUUUAUUGAAGCUGAAAUUCCUCCUGCUGUGCAGAAUGUCUGAGAGCAAUAAUAUUUUGAUAUAAA